CAGUCUCCCAGCAAGAUGUCGCUCUCUGUGGCUGUUGUGGCAGCCAGCAUUUGGCUGAUCGUGUGCACAUUUUCCUUGGUUCAGGCGAAUGUGCGGUUUCACUUCACGCUGGACUUCCAUGUUAAGCAGCCGGCCAACGGCCAGGACGAGACCAUCAACAAAACCAUCCUUGUGGAGAACAAUCAAAUAUCCGUGAUAGACAAUGAGCCAACGACAAAGUCACCCAUCAGCCAGUGGACAGAUCAGGAGCAAUACAAUGAGGCGACUGUGCAGAAGGUGGUGGAGGCCAGGCGGGCGGUACAGCAGCUCAACGUAGAGUUGGCUCCCCUGGUGGGUCGUAGCAACGAUCUGGCCAUCCGUCUGAAGCAGAGCCUGCGCUACGUCAACGAAGUGGAUGCCACGCUUGAGAACCUCUCAAACUUUGGACAACUUGUGGAGCUCCUGCGGAAGUUUGUCAUCCUAGUGGAUGCCCUAAGGGAGCCCGCCAACUAUGGGGGUAUUCGUUCCCUGGAAUAUGUACUCCUCAAGCUGGCCCUGGAGAAGUACGAGCUGAAUAGCAAGCGGCAGGAGAUCAACGAGUAUUUACAGCGGGCGGAGACCGCCUGGACGAGCUAUAAGAGCACGCAGGUGGUUCUAUUGGAGAACUCGAACACAACCUGAGAUUUCAUUUGGAUAUAGGCUUACACACAUACACAUUUUCACCCGUAGAUUCAUUGUAGAUCGUAGUGCAUAGGUUAUAAGGGCACAAGCAGAAGAGCAAACAAAGACCAGCAUCAAUUGGUAGAUACAAUCGAUGCACCAGCGACAAGGGCGGCCGCUCCGUCGUCGGGACCCUUGAAAGAAAUAAAAACCAUCAAAGGGA